CUGUGCAAAAGACCGCCCUCCGACACCCUCCGGCCGUUGCAUUCCACUCUGCAUACAUUCCAUCACCUUUGACUUUUGACAGCACGCCAACAUGGUCCAAGCCUGGUAUUACAAUGAUGCCGACCCCUCUGACGGCCGUGAACCUCACCAAUAUACACCCAACCGCUCCGUCACUCUGGACCAACUAGCUCAAGUGGGUGUUCUCCAGUGGACCAUUGAUGUGACAAAGCCUGGGUACCUGGAGACAGUGGACCGCAUCUCCCAGGAACGAGCAUACAAGAAUCGGGAUGAGAUCACAAUCUCAAAAGAAGCAUUACCCAACUACGACGAAAAACUAAAAAUAUUCUUUACGGAGCAUAUCCACGAAGACGAAGAGAUUCGAUUCAUUCUGGAGGGUUCAGGGUACUUUGAUAUUCGGAGUCCUGGUGAUCGGUGGAUACGAAUUGCGUGUGAGGCUGGUGAUAUGAUCAUUUUGCCUGCGGGUAUGUAUCACCGGUUUACCCUUGAUACAAAGAAUUACUUGAAGGCAAUGAGAUUGUUUAAAGAGGACCCGAAAUGGACACCACUGAACCGAUCCUCUGAAACUGAUGUGAAUCCUUAUCGGAAAGACUAUCUUGCAUCAUUUGCGCAGCCGGCUGCUGCCUUGUUUGCUGGAGAAAUUUAAGCCGGAAAUCCAUAUAUUUGAAAAUGGGCUCAAUGUCCAUGCGAUGGAGGGGGUUGCUGUUUUUGAACCUUGUCUUUCCAUAGUUGUAUUCUUUUCUUGCAUGCAUGAUGUGCAUUAAUAAGGCGUCGCCUUUCAUAGUUUUGUUUUUUUCUUUGCAUGAAUUACGUGCAUUCAAAAUGCGUAAAUAACUUUAUUUCGCGCACUCAAGCUCUAGAACACCAAAUGUCUCCAUCUAAUCAAGACAUAGAUAAAAAAAACCAUUUCCCACACGUCGCGACGCUACCCAGAAUAAAGAAUGACAUAUUCAUCCACCC